AUGCGACGACCACAGAGCUCCACCGCCGCGGCGUUGCUCCUGACAGCGGCGCUCCCGUCGCUGGUGUCGGGCGUCAUGUUCGACUGCAAGGACGUCGUGGUCGACGGUGCGCGGUACGACUUCCACGAGCUGGGCGGGCCGCGGUCGGUGCACUGGGUGGAGAAGCAGCCGCCGGCGGUGCUCAACACGACCUUCACGGUGGACAUCUGCAGCCCUCUGAAGCCGGUGAAGGGGGUGGACAAGAAGGACCAGUGCCAGACGGGCACGCGCGUGUGCGGCGUGACGACGAGCUACAACCCGACGGACAACACGUCGGCCAUCACCAAGGUCGUGCCCAUCGCCGGCAACUACGCGUCGUCGUCGGGCGCCCACCUCGACCCGCGCUGGACCAAGCUGAAGGGCUCCGACUCCAACGCCGACGCCGAGAAGGAGGGCCUCCGCCUCGAGCUCAACGGCGGCAAGUACCCGUUUCACAGCAGGAAGGGCCAGAAGCAGAAGGCGCUGAUCGAGUUCAUCUGCGAUCGCAACCGCACCGGCACCGAGACCGACCUGGACAACCGGGAUACGGUCGAUGACAACGAGGACGAGGAGAAGAAGGAGAAGACGAGGCGGCAGUUGGCGAAGAAGCUGCGCGCGAGGGAGGACAAGAAGGAGGACGACGACGAGGGCGGAGACGGGGACGACAGCGACGAUGACGACGACGACGACGACGACGAUGAUGACGAGACGCCGGACAAGAGCAAGGCCCUGCAGUUCGUCAGCUACAAGCGCGAGGACGACUUGGACGUGCUGCGGCUGACGUGGUACACCAAGUUCGCGUGCGAGGACGGAGGGGACAGCGGGUCCGGCUCCGGCAAGUCGGAACACUGGGGCUUCUUCACCUGGGUGAUCAUCAUUCUCUUCCUCGGCAUCGCCGCCUACCUCAUCUUCGGCAGCUGGCUCAACUACGAACGCUACGGCGCUCGCGGCUGGGACGCCAUCCCUCACGGCGACACCCUCCGCGACUUGCCGUACCACAUCAAGGACUUUGGCCGCCGCAUCACCAGCUCAUUCCAAGGCAGCGGCUCGAGAGGUGGUUACAGCGCCGUGUAA